AUGGCACAAACUGAGAAGUUAGUUAAUGAAAGCCGACGUCUUAUCAAUAAUUUGAAUUCGCAACAGUCCUUAAUCCUAAAUCAACUUCGUAACAUUAACAACUCAUCUCAAUCAUCGGCCUGUUAUCCUCCAUCUACAACCGAAUUGAAGGAAAAAUCAAAUAAUCUCACUAGUGGAUUAAAAAAGAGCAAAAGUGUCUCGUUUCUUGAACCAUCUACUUCACGACUUCAGGAGAUAAAAUCGGCCUUAUCUGCUUCAAAUUCGAGUGAACGAACACGAUCGAUAUUGAAAAAACAACAUUUGAAUGGACAAGAGUAUAGGGAACCAUUUGUUAUUAACAUACCUGAUAAUGUCAGCCGAAUUAAUAUUGAUGAAUAUCUGAAAAAUGUUCAAGAUCAAAGACGAAAAUGUCUGAAUUUUUCCUACACAGAAGAUGACGAGAGUAUCAUAGACGAAGAAGAUAGCAAAGCGAACGAUGAAGAUUCAAUUCCAAAAAGAAAUCAACCAUGGAAUGAAUUAAAACAUUGGCGAUCAUUAUUCGAUGAUGGAAAUAAUCGGGAUGCUUACAAUACAGUACGAACGAAUCUCAGCUCUUCACAAUCGUGGGUAAACGAAGAUGUUGAUCAAAUUAAAAAACGUAUUCAUGAUCGUGAACAUUUGACUUCUAAAGAACAGCAGCAAUUAUCAAAUAAGCAAAGUUCAACGAUGAACAAUACGAAUUUAAAGCAACAAUUUAAUAGAAAAAAAGUUUUACUUGGAUAUGAUUUUGUUGCUGGUGUCUUGGAUAAUAAAAAUAGUACAAUUAUGGAACAACCUGAUUCUUAUUGGGAUGAUCUUGUUAGUUUUCGUCAAAAAAAUGCUGAUGAUUGUGCGUCGUGGCCAUUUACAAAUGACAAAGAUUUAAUCGAUUUUUCGAAAGAAUUAGAGUUGAUCCAGCCAUCUCAUUGUCAAGAUCAUACUUGUAUCCAUAAUUUUACAUUAAACGAUCGUUUAUUUACAAUACCAACAAAUCCAGAUGCAAAUGGUCAAAGUCGUUGCCCAAUUUGUUUGUCAUUACGGAAAGAGCCUAAUAAUUAUGAGCCACAAUAUGCUCGAGUAAGCGUUCCAAAAUAUCGUUUGAAUUCUAAUACACACAAAUUUCAACCGCAAAAACGAUCCAACAUAGAUACAACUGACAGUUUUGCUCUGUUUAAUCAUUGCAUUGCUGGAUUUGGUAAUGCUCGCUCAGCAUUAGAUAAAUCCGCUAAAAGUAUUGAUUUACGAACAGAAUCUGGUACACAAAUUGAAUUAUCUAAAAUGUCAUUGGAUGAUGCUCAACAUCUUGCAUCAUCAAAAGAUUUAUGUCAUGAUCUUUUACGUCGUAGUACGGCAUUACGUUAUCAUAUGCAAACAUUGUAUCAAGAACGUUUAAGAAGAUUAAGAAAACAACAGCAGACACCAAUGAAUUCAUCAGCUAAUACCAGUUUCUUAUCUCAAAUUGAUGUAGCGGCUCAAUAA